AUGGAAUUCAUUAAUGAAACAACAGAUAUAAUACGAAAAUAUCGAAAAUCAGAACCUGGUUUAUUAGUAACCGCAAGAGCAACUCUCUUAUUUGUUCUUGUGGUUUUGUUAGGAGGUUAUUUUGCUAUCUCGACGGCAUGGAUGGUAUUAGAUAAGGGUAUCAUAGUGAGUCGAUUACAACCCGCUACAAUAAUACCUGUUCCCGACGUGGAGAUUUCGUUUAAUUAUCAUUUUAACAUAGCAUGUGAACUAAGAUAUCUUGAUGGAAGCCCAUCAAAACCAUGUGACGAAGACUUGGUUACGCAACCGUCAUGUGACGAAAACUCCGAAGACAAACGAUGGCAUGGCUGGUUUACUUCAAUUGAUGGUCGAGUAAAAUUUAAUCUCACCGAAAAUUUAUACGGUGUUUGGUUUACGAUAAAUAUUGAUGAUCCAAGAUAUCAGAGAGAUCUUGAUUCGGGAAUUGUUUUGGGUAUUCCACCAUCAUACUUUGAUGAAGCUUAUAUAACUUCUAGAUAUGAAUCCGUCACAGCACCUGACACCGUAGAAUUCGCUGGUCAGCCAACAAUUGGUCCACAGAAAUAUGCCAAUCUCUUUAUCGGAACCUUGAAUUGGUUUGAAGAAGUUGAAACUGAAUCCAGAACGCGUCGUUUAUUGGAUUCUUUGGGAAUGCUAUCCGGAUUUUACGGUUUAUUAGUAGGAAUUUAUAUUUUGAUUUUCGGUUUCUCCCCAAUUCUUCCUUGGGGAAUAUGUCAAAAUUUUUGUAUGCGAAGACAAAUUAAAAGUGAUCUUCAUGAACAAUAUCCAAAAUCAAUUCCUCUUAUAGAACCACCAAUAGAAAGAAUUUCCCUUUUUUACGAUUAUUUUGUGGGAAAAGUCGAGUGGUGGAGUGUUAUAAGUGGAAAAGCUGGAAACCAAACUAUUGUUAUUUUUAUUUGCCAAGAGAAUGGUUGA